AUUCGGUUUAGUUUUGCUAAAUUGCUAAUCAGCUAUCAUAAAACCGGUUUGUAAAUUGACUUUAUUACAAAACAAAACCGGUUAAGCUUAACCGGGAAGUUAUUAUAGAAAUGAACCAGGUCAUAACGGUUUUCAAGAGCCGAAGCUUGAAGCUGCACACAACAAGGAGUUGGGACUUCUUAGGUCUCACCGUCGACAACACCGGCCAUACUCCUCCGCCGCAGCUCGCCUAUGGCUCCGACGUCAUCGUCGGAGUCUUUGACACUGGUCUCUUCUCUAUCUCGAUAUCUUCCUUGUUUCAGAGCUCUCUUAAUCUUAAAAUCUGUUACUUUCGAUUAGGGAUUUGGCCGGAAUCGGAGAGUUUUAAGGAACCGCCGGAGGCGAAACCGAUACCUUCGUCGUGGAAAGGAAAAUGCGUCGGAGGAGACGUACGUUGCAACCGCAAACUCAUCGGCGCUCGAUUUUACCUCAAAGGAUUCGAGGAGGCGUACGGGGAGGUCGACCGCACGCGAGAUCGGGAAUACAGAUCGCCGCGCGAUCGCCUCGGUCACGGCACGCAUACAGCUUCCACCGCCGUCGGAUCCGUUGUUUCCAUCGUCUCCGGGUUCGCCGGCGGCGUCGCUCGAGGCGGAGCUCCGUCGGCGAGAUUGGCGGUGUACAAGACGUGCUGGGGGAAGGACUUCGAAGGGGUUUGCACGGAGGCUGAUAUAUUGGCGGCUUUCGACGACGCGGUUCGCGACGGUGUGGAUGUGAUCUCGGCGUCUUUUGGUUCGUCGCCGCCUUUGACGCCGUUUUUUGAGUCGAGUGCUGAUGUUGGAGCUUUUCAUGCUGCGGAGAGGGGGAUUAGUGUUGUUUUCUCCGGUGGGAAUGAUGGGCCUGAUCCUGGGCUUGUUCAGAACGUUGCUCCUUGGGCGGUUUCUGUUGCUGCUUCGACGAUGGAUCGGAGUUUCCCCACAAACAUUGUUAUCGACGGUGGUUUCACUCUCACGGGGCAGAGCUUGGUUUCUCAGGAGAUCAUUGGUACAUUAGCUCUUGCAACAACGUAUUUUGAUGGAGGGGUUUGCAAAUGGGAGAACUGGUUAGAGAAACUAGCCAAUAAGAAGAUAAUUCUUUGCUUCGCUAGUUUGGGUCCUGUUCAGUUCAUCGAAGAAGCGCAAGCUGCUGCCAUAAGAGCAAACGCAUCAGCGCUUAUAUUUGCAGCCUCACCUACUAAACAGCUUGUCGAAGAAGUAGACAAGGUCCCAACAGUUCGUGUCGAUAUCAUUAGUGGGACUAGGAUCAGGAACUAUCUUGCUCGUUCGCCUACAGUGCCAGUGGUGAAAGUUGGACCGAGCAAAACUGUUAUUGGAGAGAUUACAGCACCUGCUGUUGCAUAUUUCUCCUCGAGAGGACCUAGUUCACUAUCACCUGAUAUUCUCAAGCCAGAUAUUACAGCGCCUGGCAUUGGGAUAUUGGGAGCAUGGCCUCCUAAAACUCCACCUACACUGUUACCAGGAGACCACCGAUCUGUUGAGUGGAACUUCCAGUCUGGAACGUCAAUGUCAUGUCCUCAUGUGGCUGGAGUUAUGGCACUUCUCCAAUCUGCUCACCCUGACUGGUCACCAGCUGCAAUCAGAAGCGCCAUCAUGACCACAGCGGGUACAAGAGACACGAGCAAUGACUUGAUCCUCUCUGGUGGUUCAAUGAAACCCACUGACCCGUUUGAUAUCGGUGCUGGACAGAUAAACCCUUUGAAAGCAAUGGAUCCUGGUCUGGUUUACAAUACCAAAACCGAAGACUACGUUCUCUUCUUGUGCAACAUUGGCUACACUGAUCAACAAAUCAAGUCCAUGCUUCUUCUCCACUCAGAAUCUUCCACAACAUGCCUUCCCUCUCACUCGUACCGAACCAAUGCUGAUUUCAACUAUCCAUCUAUUACCAUACCGAGCCUGAGAUUCACUAGGACCAUAAAACGUACUGUAAGCAACGUUGGUCCAAACAAAAACACUGUUUUUUUCGUAGACAUUGUUAGACCAGUGGGAGUGGAAGUUGAAGUCUGGCCGCGGAUUCUGGUGUUCUCCAAGUGCCAACAAGAACACUCGUAUUAUGUUACAUUCACGCCAACCAAGACAUCCUCUGGUCGGUAUGUGUUUGGAGAGAUCAUUUGGACAAAUGGGUUCCAUCAAGUUAGAAGUCCGUUGGUUGUGUGCUUAAGCAACAGUGGUUUUGUUGCAAAGUAGUUGAGAAAGAAUAUGUAACGUCGGGCUCACGUUAAAAGAGACGGUGUGUUCUCAUCGCUAUGUACUUUACCGAUGGAUAUAACAUUCUAUUAUGAGAAAGCCUGGUCCGUUUUAAUUUA